AUGCAACCUCGAAUAUACACGCAUCCCACUCAAGCCAAAGCAGACAUUCCAUCUGUAGACCUAUUAACGCUACUGUUUGACUCCGAGCACAGCGCCGCUGAGGAGGAUUCGGUACUUCACGUCGAUGCUGCCAGCGCCGACAACACCGUGACCAAGGCGCAACUGCGAGACUUGACUGAACGGAUAGCGCACGGCCUGCAGUCCAACUACGCCCUCAGCUCGGUGGGGCCGAAGAAAGACGUGGUCACGGUCAUCACGUACGGACAAAUCCUCGUGCCUGCGCUGCUGUACGGAGUCAUUGCUGCAGGCGCAGUCUACUCCGCUGCCAGCCCGUCUUCCACCGUCGCCGAGCUGAGCAGACAGGUUGAGAUUGGCCAGAGCAGACUGAUUGUAUGUGGGGAAGAGCACAAGGAUCUCGCGGCCCAAGUGGCCAAGGCUAAGCACUUGCCCUUGCGAAACGUCCUACUCCUCGACUCGACGGCGGGAACGUGGAGCCUGCGAAGUCUGGACAGUACGGUCAACGCCAUCGGACAGAACAAGCUGAAAUGGCAGCGAAUUACCGACCCGCAAGCGUUGAAGGAAUCCCUCAUCGUCAUCCUGUGGAGCUCAGGGACAACCGGCCUCCCCAAGGGAGUCAUGCUGUCUCAUCUCAAUCUGGUGGCGGAAACGUAUCUUAUGGCUCUUUCGGGUCGCGCGUACGUCGCGCAGGAGACGGAGAAGGGGACAUAUGUUCCCAAGCAGCACUCGACCUUGGCUCAUCUUCCUGUUUCACACAUCGCCGGAUUGUUUGGCUACUUGAUCUCCCCCUUCUACAGCGCGGUUAUCGUCAUCUGGAUGCGUCGGUACGUGUGGGAUGACUUGCUCAAGUAUCUGAAGCAGCAUCGUAUCACAGUGUGGUAUACCGUGCCCAGUAUCUGGCUCCGGAUUAGCAAGUCACCUGAAAUGUGGCCGCUCUUGAAGUCUCUCGAGGGCGCCUCGACUGGUGCUGCGCCCAUGGACGGCGAUCUCAUGAAGACCGUCAAUAGCAUUGUCGGGACGGGGGAUCAGAAAAUGAUUGGUCAAACGUGGGGAAUGAGCGAGACGACCGGCGCAGUCACAGCCGCCCGCCGAGACCAGGAGGGCGACGAUACGGGCUGCUUAGGCGAUAUACUGCCCAGCGUGGAGCUUCGAAUGGUAGAUGACGACUAUAAAGACGUCGACCCUGACAAGCAGGAGGGCGAAAUGCUGGUCCGGAGCCCGUUGGUGUCGAACGGGUAUUACAACAAUCCCCAGGCGACCAAAGACACCUUUCAUGGAGAGUGGCUCUGCACGGGCGACAUUGCAGUCAAGAAGAACGAUAGAUUUUAUAUUGUCGAUCGUAAAAAGGAACUCCUCAAGUAUAAAGGGCUGCAGGUAGCUCCCGCGGAGAUCGAGAAUCUGCUCUUCACGCAUCCGCAUAUCCGGGAAGCGGCAGUGGUGGGUGUGCCGGCGCCCAACGAUCCUGGAACAGACUGGCCUCGGGCAUAUGUUGUGCGAGCUGCAGGGGAGCAGUUGAGUGAGGGCGAGGUGCAGAAGUAUGUGGCAGAUCGACUGGCUCCGUACAAACAGUUGCGGGGUGGCGUGGCGUUCAUCAAUGAGCUCCCCAAGAAUGCUAUAGGCAAAUUCUUGCGGCGAGAAUUGAGGGAGAGAGCGAAGAGCGAGGUGCUGAGCCAAGCGUCGGCGAGGCAGUCGAAGCUAUGA